CUGAUCAAAAUGUCUCUGUCAAGUCGACAAAUGGCUAUUGUCAAUCCCCCUCCACCAGAGUACAUAAAUGCCAAAAAGAAUGGCCGUCUCACGAAUCAGCUGCAGUACCUGCAGAAGGUGGUCCUGAAGGCGCUGUGGAGGCACAGCUUCUCCUGGCCCUUCCAGCAGCCUGUGGAUGCUGCCAAGCUCAAGCUCCCGGACUAUUAUAGCAUCAUUAAGAAGCCAAUGGAUUUGAGUACAAUUAAAAAGCGCUUGGAACAUAAAUACUAUGUGAAAUCAUCAGAAUGUGUAGAAGACCUGAAAACAAUGUUCACCAAUUGUUAUUUAUAUAACAAGCCAGGUGAUGACAUUGUUCUUAUGGCACAAGCCUUAGAGAAAUUGUUUAUGCAAAAAAUGUCUCAGAUGCCUUCAGAAGAACAAGUAAUAGGCGGAAAGGAAAGAAAAAGAAAAGGUACUCAGCCAUCUUCAGGAGUUUCUGCUAUUAAAGAAAAACCAUCCCCCAAGGCCUCUGAAAUGAUAGUUAAGCAGCAAAUGAUUCCAUCUUCUGUAUGUCCACAGACAUCACUUUCUCCAUUACACAUGGCCAAAGCAGCUCCACUGAGCUGUACCACACAAGCUGUCACACAAGUUAAAAGGGGUGUGAAAAGGAAAGCAGAUACUACAACCCCUACAACUUCAAUAGUGACAGCAAGUAGUGAAUCUUCACCAACUCUAGUUGAACACAAAUCUGCUAAAAUACCACUUUUAAAAGAAAAAGUAGUGAAGAAUAUUGUACCAGAUUCUCAGCAACAAUAUAAAGUUGUGAAAAGUAUUAAAUUAACUGAACAGUUAAAAUACUGUAAUGAGAUUCUUAAAGAAAUGUUUGCAAAGAAACAUUUAGCGUAUGCUUGGCCUUUUUACAAGCCGGUUGAUGUUACUGCUUUAGGACUCCAUAACUACUAUGAUGUAGUCAAAAGUCCAAUGGAUCUCGGAACAAUUAAAAAAAAAAUGGACAACCAGGAAUAUAAGGAUGCGCAUGAAUUUGCUGCAGAUGUCCGGUUAAUGUUUAUGAAUUGCUACAAGUAUAAUCCUCCAGAUCAUGAGGUUGUGACGAUGGCAAGAACCCUUCAGGAUGUUUUCGAGAUGCAGUUUGCUAAGAUCCCAGAUGAACCUAUUGAAAGAAUGCCCAUCUGUUACAUUAAAAAGGAUAUCACAAAAGCCUACUGUAGAGAAAGUAGCAGUGAUGCCUCCUCUGAAGACAACUCUUCUGAAGAAUCACCUGAUGAACGCGUCCAGCACCUGGCAAAGCUUCAGGAGCAGCUCAAAGCUGUUCAUCAGCAACUACAAGUUCUGUCUCAAGUGCCUUACCAUAAGUUAAAGAAAAAGAAUGAAAGAUCUAAAAGAGAGAAGAGGAAAGAAAAAAAGAAAUUUAUCAACAAAGAUGAAAGUCAGAGGAAAAAUUUUAAGCAAAUAAAACUAAAGAAAAAGCUGAAAAACAGUCAGCCAAAAAAGGCCAAGCAACAAAUCUUGACAUAUAAAUCUGAAGACGAAGAUAACGCUAAGCCUAUGAAUUAUGAUGAGAAAAGACAAUUAAGCUUGGAUAUAAACAAACUCCCUGGAGACAAGCUUGGGCGAGUGGUCCAUAUCAUAGAGUCAAGAGAACCAUCUUUAAGGAAUUCUAAUCCCGAUGAGAUAGAAAUCGACUUUGAAACCCUGAAAGCAUCAACCCUGAGAGAACUGGAAAAAUAUGUCAUGGCCUGUCUGAGAAAGAGACCCAGAAAAUUUCAUGCUAAGAAAAUAAUGAAAUCCAAAGAAGAGCUUCAUUCACAGAAAAAACAGGAGUUGGAAAAGCGGUUACUGGAUGUCAGUAACCGGUUAAAUUCUAGAAAACGCCAAACAAAAUCUGAGAAAACUCAAUUGCCCAAGGCAGCAGGAGGGGCCACUCGGCUAAGUGAGAGCAGCAGCAGCAGUGGUGGUGGCAGCAGCUCCUCAGGCUCGGGCAGCAGCAGCAGCGACUCGAGCUCUUCUGAUAGCAGUGAUUCUGAAUCAGAAACAUUUCCCAUUUUAACUGGAAUCAGACAGAGUGGUUCCCCUUCCAAAGAAAAAAUGAAGACUUUGUCUUCCUGUAGAAUAUUAAAUCAAGAUCUGUUAGUUCCUAAGAAACACCAAGAACCUCAACAGUUACAGAUUUUGCAAAGUCUUCCACCAGCACAAAUUAGCAUUUCUCCUUCAAGUCUCCCUGAAAUCAUGUCCUCAGUCGAUAUCACUUCUUUGUGGCAAAAUGCCCCAGAUGUGCUCACUUUCGAGGCCUUCACACCCAUUCUCAGUGUUUCAGAGCAAACCUCAUUUAGUGGUGAUGGAAAAAAUGAGUGCACAUCUAUAGUGAAUGCUGGAAAAUCAACCCUUCUUAUAACUACGAUGUGGGAAGGACUCAACUCUAACACUGUGAAAAAAGAGGAAAGAGCGUCCGAGCAGCCGGGCGCUGCCGCCUUCGGCCAGACUGCCCUGGGCCCGCGCGUGCCGGAGCCGGAGCUUCCCACGCCGACCAAGAAGGACAUAAAGAUCAAGAAUGUGCAUUCUUGGACAAGUUUAGGAAAAACAGUUACAACUUCAGUCUUGCCAAAAUCAUCGGAUGAUCUCUUCCGGCAGUUCAGGAAAGCAGCUAUGGAAAAGGAAGUGAAGACAAGGAAGCAGCUGGGUCAAGAUCCAAAGGAACCAAACACCCAUCCAGAUAAACACAGGCACUUUGACAAGAAUCCAAAUAAAAUUCAAAAUGAGUGUUAUCCUGAAGACCAAAAGCCACAUCCAGCACCCCUAGAAGUGCAAGACCCCAGGCUCAUCAAAGACCGUAACUUGGCAAGAAAGAAAGAGCAAGAGCGCAGGAGAAGGGAAGCAAUGGCCAGCACCAUUGAUAUGAAUCUGCAAAGUGACAUUAUGAUGACCUUUGAAGAAAACCUUGAUUAA